GACACGCCAGGGUGCUUAGAACCGUUUCUAGAGAAUCGAGAUAGUAAGCGUUCCUCGAACGCGUAGAACGGAACAACUUCGUCAUUCCCCGCGUUCGGUCGUUUCACGAGCUUUUCUAAAGCUUCUUUAAAACCAGAGAAAAACUAACCCAAUAGUGAUAACAAUUAACGCUUUAACGUCAACCUAUAAAAUUAUCCAAUUACAUAUCCUUUACUUUCAUAAAUUUCAUUAAUUUACAUUUGGCACCGUUACACAUACAUACAACAGUCUUAAUAUUCAAGGGUGGUUAAAAACAAGAAAAAUUAUUGUUAUUAGAUUUCGUUAAUUGGGCAGCCAUAAAACGUUCCACGUAUCCCACGAAGAGGAAAGAGAAUAAAUAAGAGAGAGAGAGAAAGAGAGAGAGACCAUGAACGAUGGAAGGUUCAAAUUUCGAACGCAGCGUAAACUUCGAGGAGGGGCGUAAAGAAGGGUGCGAACAACAACAAGGCUGUAGCGUCGCCGGUGGUUGUGGUGAUUCAGCGUCCAGCUGUAGAUCAUUGGAAACAAGUGGUAGCGGUGUAGGUUCUGGGACCGGUGGUACUACUGGUAUCGCUACUGGAAGUACUGGAGGACCUGGUGGUGGUGGUGGUGGUGGUGGUGGUGGUAGUGGUGGUGGUGGUGGUGGAGGAGGUGGUGGUGGAGGAGGAGGUCAAGGACACGGUUCCUUAAAUCAAACUCAGUCUACGUGUAACGUGACAACACCAUCUGUAGCUUAUCAACAAUCCAGACCGAACAAACUCUCGGCCUGUUAUGCAUCCUGUUGUGCGGAGUCCGCGAAAAAAAUAUAUUUUGGUGUGUGCGUAACAAUAUGUGUGACGGCGAGCUGGGUUGGAGCAACCCACUGUAUAAAAUAUUUAUACUUUCAUAAACCAACGAGCCCUAGUUAUACAUCAGCAUCGAAUGCCUCCGUAACCGAGUCCCGUCAUCAGCAUACCGUGCUUCCAUACAACGCACCAUUCUUCACAACAUGGUUCUGCACUAAUUGGGAAGUAUUAUACUUUCCUGUUUACUUUAUAUGCCGUGCGGUUAGAACGAAAUGCACGACGCCAUCCGAAAUAUUGGCAGAAAGUCUUCGUGGAUUUCGUGACAAGGGUUUUACCGGUGGACGUUUCCUCGUUAAAUGUAGCCUAUUUUGUGGGCUUUGGGUUGUUACCAAUUAUAUGUACAUCUACUCGUUAAGGAUACUUUUGGCCACCGACGUGAUGGCACUGUUUGCAACGAACGUUUCCUGCGUUUAUCUUCUCUCCUGGGUUAUCCUUCAUGAACAAUUCGUUGGAGUUAGGAUAGUGGCAGUAAUCCUAUGUAAUACUGGGAUCGCUCUUCUAGCAUACAUGGAUGGUAUAACAGGGAGUCCCACAUUGGGUGGUGUAGUUCUAGCAACCACAGCAGCAGCCGGAUCCGCUGUUUACAAAGUGGUAUUUAAGAAGGUUAUAGGGGAAACGACAUUUGGUCAAAUGUCAUUAUUCUUUUCACUGAUCGGCCUAUGCAAUGCUGCCCUAUUAUGGCCGAUAUGUUUGGCACUUUAUUUCUCGGGUGCUGAGAGCGUGCAUUGGACACGAUUACCAUGGGCAGCUCUUUUAUCAGCCAGCAUACUUCAUUUAGUUGCAAAUAUGUUAGGAAACUUCAGCAUCGCACUCACAUAUGAUCUAUUCAUUACACUUGGUCUAAUAACAGCUGUCCCCGUGUCCGCAGCUCUGGAUGUCGUUCUUUAUGGAGCGCACUUCAUGGGCAUGAAGCUGGCCGGAAUGAUCUUCAUUGCUGUCGGCUUCUUUCUCGUGAUGUUCCCAGACAACUGGCCCGAUUACAUAACAAGACUCCUUCGAAACAUAGUCCUCAUGAGUCACAAUACAAGUACGACGGAGUACCAUCAACAAAGAAGAACAACAGUUAGGAGCAGAACGAAUCAACAACGGCAGUACAGAUUGAGGAGCUAUGGGGUCUCGAGCUUGCAUGGCGAUGGGCAAACCCUUCUCCCAAUGACCACUAAUAACAACAAUAACAACAAUAAUAACAAUAACAAUAACAACAAUAAUAACAAUAACAACAACAACAACAAUACUGCUACCAGUUCGAACUUUAGCAAUCGACAUGUUAACACAUCGUCUCAACAAAACAACAGCUCGACCCCAUCUUCCGAAUCCCAAUCGCGCCGUUGUUUUCCUAUCCCAACCACGAUCUCAACCUCGACCUCGACCUCGACCGCCAUCGUCACCAACAACCAUCGUUGAUCGCACGUCGGCGUCUGCUCGGACGCAGAAAGAUGGAGUAGAAGACAUAGGCACGGUAUGCCUGGCGGUACAUCCCGCGAUGUGAUAGAUUAUCGUACGGGAUAUAUAAAGUCUCAUCUACGUUCGCCAUCGGGAAGGGUUCGGUGACUAAUUGUAAGCAUUUUCUGAUUUACAAAAGCUUUUACCGAGCUCGAAGUUUCGAUCAUCGAAAUUCUCACGAAGGUAUUGUGAAC